AUACUUCAAACAUGCUAUCUAGCGAAACAUGCUGGACUUGAGAAAGCUUUAUUUAAUGUGAAAUAUCACCUACUGCGAUUUUCAGCGCUCGUUAUCCUCAACUCUGAGAGAUGUCGUGUUUGUGACGUCAAAUUACCGGAUUCUAUGAUUUUUUUGUUCCGGUAUUCAUGUUAAAAUAUGCUGUGAAUUAUCAGCAUGCUAACUAGCUAAAGCUACCUGGACUUUAUACAGUUUAUUUAUAUCGUGCCAUGUUGCCUGAAUUAUUGCAAGGCACUGAUGCUGGAGGGUUUCUCAUAAUACAAGAUUCUGCUAGUUAUUGUGGUCGACACCUCCUGAAGAGCUUCAUCCAUGCUGCAUUGAACAGGGAGGAAGCUGUCCAUGUCCUCGGCUUUGAGGUCAGUGAGGAAGAGUUGAGAGAUGGACUAAAAGGAUCACACACUCACAGACUACACUUUCAUAAUGCCUUCACAGACCCCCUGGGCUGGUCCGAUCACCCAGCUUUCACUGUUCACCAGUUCACUUUGGAGGAACUUACCCAUCUGGUCAAGCAAACAUCACAACCUAAACCAGCUACCUUGGUAAUCGACUCUCUUUCGUGGAUUUUGAGGCAUGUCAGUCCUUCUGCUGUUUGCCAGACUCUGCAGCAACUUAAAAAAGGGGGAGCUGUGAGAGCUAUUAUUGGUCUGCUCCAUGCAGAUAUGCAUCAGAGAGGGACUGUGGGUAGUGUAUGCCAUUUGGCUACUUCAGUCAUCACUGUGGCACCUGGAAUCAAGGGAGAGGAAGGAGUGGCAAAGAUAACAAAGCGCUCGAAAUCGGGGAAGGUUAUACAAGAUGAGGAGAUUUUCAGCAUCAAAGAGGAUCUUACAGUCGUAGUGCAGAGCAAGCCCAGCCAUAUUGGAUCCAAACAGCCAGACACUGAUGAACAGGAGACGGACCCAACAGCCAACUUGACCUUCAACCUUCGCUUAUCUGACACAGAGCGUGAAGCCAAGGAGAAACUUGCACUUCCUUUUGUCUUCAGCAAAGAGAAGAAAACCGCUCUGCUCCAUUCAGGCCCGGGUUCUGGACGAAUUCUGUACGAGCCCGAUGCCAACGAUGACUACGACCAGGAGGACCCAGAUGAUGAUCUCGAUGUGUAGGGUUAGGACGUAAAACCCACUGAAGGCAAUGGUGCAUAUUCAAAGCCUUACCACCAUCUCACAGAGCUUCAAAGAUAUAAUUCAAUGCCCAGAAUUUCUGUGUGGAAUCUGUAUUAUGUUUAUAAAAUGUUUUUUUCCUAA